CGCUUUGUACAGUGAAAGAUUGUUUCGGCUGCGUGCAUAGAAGGACGUGGAGGGUUUUACCCAAAAUCUUUACCACAAAUGGGCCCCGUCGCCUAGCGCUUAUUUCCCCGAGCUGAGCCUUGCCGUCUGAAAUCUUGAGUUGCGUUUAGUGCUACUUCACCAUCAGCACACGUAAAAAGAUUGAUACUAUAGCAUGAAUAUCAUCAUUUAUCAGAGAAGUAUACCAAGGCAUAUUUCUUCGUCCGCCAUCAGUACAUGGUUGUGAGUUAGAGGGAUUUCCAUCUGCACACGGUUGACUAAAGGUCUGAAGAAUGGCGGCAAUUCCAUCCAGCGGCUCUCUCGUUGCUACCCAUGACUACUAUCGAAGGCGCAUCGGGUCUACUUCCAGUAACAGCUCGUGCAGCAGUUCGGAGUACAUGGGAGAAGUCAUUCCACAUCAUCCCGCUCUGCCCAGACAGGACUCUGGACACUGGUGGUCCAGUUUCUUCUUUGCUAAACAGAACCAGCCAGGUUUUACUGUGGGAACUGACUUUCAGCAGAAGGCAGGGACCUGUGUGGCCAGAGAGAUGCUGAAGAGACAGGUCAGCGAGAGCAGCGACUCGGGGAAGCCGGAGGGGGGGAGCGCCCCUCCCUCUUGAACCCAGGUCCAGGGAGAUGGCGCUAGGAGAUGGGGGGAACCCCAUUUUUUACCUUUUUUUAGUAGAAAUAGGCUGCUCUUGUCCUGUUUGUAACCUUUUUUUUUUUUUUAAACCAAUGACCAAAAAAGGAUGAAAAGAAACCCUUUCCUUCCAAUGUGUGUAACACUAUAGUGGAUAAGCCUUUGUUCUUGUUUCCACUUUGUGACCCCUGCUUUUUGAAUUGAAGUUGAAUAAAGUAGCCUCUUGCAGCCUA